AUGGCUGCUAUGAUCUUCCCUCUUCGCCCUACUCUGAUAUUCUUUGUCCUGAUGAGUAUGACACUAGUGAGCUCUGCUUUCCCCCAGCCCCGCCUCCGACCCCUGCAGAGAGAUUCAUCCCAAAUUGGUCGAGAAGAGUCCAAAAGAGAACAGUGGGAGGUUCUCUAUCCUUCCAUCUCGCUCCGUGACUGGAGCAUCCAAAUGCUAUCCGCUCCAGACUUUGGUGCAACCAAGCCCAAAGAGGACCCUCUGGGUGGGGCAGAGUGGCUCCCUCUUGCCCAGUCACAGUUGGAAGAAGAUCUGGUGAAGGGAUGGGCAAGCAACUGGGCCCCACGAGUGGGAAACAUGGAGAAGAGGAAUAUUGUAGUGGCAGAUGACGCAGCGUUCAGAGAGAAGAGCAAACUGCUAACGGCCAUGGAGAGACAGAAAUGGUUGAAUUCCUACAUGCAGAAACUGUUGGUUGUAAAUUCCCAGUGA